UCCCACGCGCUCAUGAGAAGUAGUUGAGAAGUGUGCUGCGCGAGCUGAGCGAGUAGCGGCCGGACAGCAUUAGCUUACAUUUUCUGCUAAGGAAGAACAGAGUCGAACUCCUUGCCAGGUUCGUACUCUUGUGUCCAACUGUGCAAGAUCACUAGGCUUUUAAACUGCCUGCUUCAAAACUUACUGCCUGCUUCUGAACUGAGCAAAAUGAUCUCCCAGAAGUGGAUGUUUUCUUUCAUGAUUAUGAUCGUAUAAUUAAUAAUUUCAGUUUAAGCUUGUAUUUAUUUUAUAUAAUAUAUGAUCUUAAAUGUUUGCUAAUGUCAAGGAUUUCCCCCCCAAUCAGCCAUUAUUAUAGAUUAUUUGCUGAGAAGACUUUAUAAGACUAGAACUUCAGCUAGUCAGCUCUUUCCUCAAUAGACAGACUGGUGUAGUAUUCAGCUAGUAGUAACGUGGCCUGCUGAAUAGGAGGAUGUCAUUUUCUGCAACAAAAGGAUCAAUGGAGGAAACGGCCAACAAUGAGCCAGUUAAAAGCCUAGAGGUCAGCAGUUGGGACAAAGGCUCGGCUGCCAUCAAGCAACAGUAUGUCACAACUAAAGAGAAAUUCCACGAGUCCAUAGACUCAGCGUGGCAGAAAGAGGGAGUCCAGAGGUGUGGUGGCAAUGGCCAGUCUGCACAGGGGGAUCGAAAAACUCAGGAGGAAGAUGCUGUCGAGCCUCCGGGAAAGAAGAUAAAACUGGAGGAGCAGACGGAGGACAGGAAAGAGAAAGAAGAUGGAAAGAAAGCCAGAGGGCAGUUUAAGUGCAGACCACACCGGAAACCUCAUAAUUAUGACAUAAGGCUGUGCCCCUCAGUAGUUCAGGAGCGCGCAGAUAAGUGUUUUUAUGGAGAUAAAUGCAAAUUCUUCCAUGACAUAGCAGAGUACAUGUCAGUGAAGCCUGAAGACAUUGGGGAGCGCUGUCACCUCUUUGACACUUUUGGAAGGUGCCAGUAUAGCGUAACGUGCAGGUUUGCUAAAGCUCACACCGGCGAGGGCUUCAAGAACUUGGUGAAUGAGGAGCUGCUGAAGAAGCAUGAGGGCAGGCUGAUGGUAAAAAAUGCCCUGGACAAAGACUUGCAGCGGCGCCUGCGCAAGAAGCAGGUGAGCUUUAAGGCUUCGGAGGCUUACCUGAAGACCAUUAACAAAACGGCAAGUCAGGGAGCUUCGAAAAAGAAGGCUGCUGAGUGCCAGGCACUGCAGUGCUCUAAUGGGGAUGCUUCUACAGCUGGACAGGAUGGACAAAACUGCACUGCUGAGGACGCUGCUACAGUAGAUGGUUUGAAGGCUGAGUCUGUUGCAGAGAAACAGACAAGCGCAGAAGAGCUGAGUGGAAGUGCGGGAGACUGUGAGAAGAGGACUCCUCAUGUUGAACCUACAGGCUUGAAUUCCAGUGAGAAAACACAGGACACCCAGAAGCCGUCUCCUAUAAAGACCGUUGGCGCUUUGACUGAUGCUGAUCUCAUAAAACUUCGCCCUUCUGAAAAGAAACAGGUGGAUUUUCGGGAUAAGAUGUACCUUGCUCCCCUGACAACUUGUGGGAACCUUCCAUUUCGUCGCAUAUGCAAGCGCUUUGGUGCGGACAUCACCUGCGGGGAGAUGGCCAUGUGCACCAAUUUGCUGCAGGGCCAGUCGUCUGAGUGGGCCUUGCUCAAAAGGCACGAGAGCGAGGAUCUCUUUGGUGUACAGCUUGAGGGCUGCUUUCCUGACACCAUGACCAAGUGCGCAGAGCUACUCAACCACAACAUUGAAGUGGACUUUGUUGAUAUCAAUUCAGGCUGUCCCAUUGACCUUGUGUACAAAAAGGGAGGUGGUUGUGGACUGAUGACACGCACUCAUAAAUUUGAACAAAUUGUCAGAGGAAUGAACUCAGUCCUUGAUGUCCCUUUAACGGUUAAAAUUCGGACCGGUGUUCAGGAUAAGGUCAACAUAGCGCACAAACUCAUCCCAGAAAUGAAAAACUGGGGAGUCUCCAUGAUUACGCUGCAUGGGAGGUCUCGGGAGCAGCGCUAUACAAAGCUGGCUGACUGGGAGUACAUUGACAACUGCUCUAAACUGGCUAGCCCGAUCCCUCUCUUUGGCAACGGGGAUAUUCUGUCAUACGAGGAUGCGAUAAAAGCCAGAGAAACCGGUGUGUCUGGAAUCAUGCUGGGAAGGGGUGCUCUGAUCAAACCGUGGAUUUUCACGGAGAUAAAGGAGCAAAGGCACUGGGAUAUUUCCUCAAAUGAGCGAAUGGACAUCUUGAAGGACUUCACGCGAUUCGGGCUAGAACACUGGGGUUCAGACACACAGGGCCUGGAGAAGACCAGGAGCUUUCUCCUGGAGUGGCUCUCCUUCUUGUGCAGGUAUAUUCCAGUGGGACUGCUUGAGCACGUGCCGCAGAAGAUCAACGAACGGCCUCCUUACUAUAUGGGCAGGGACUACCUGGAGACCCUGAUGGCCAGCCAGCAUGUGGGAGACUGGAUAAAGAUCAGUGAAAUGUUGCUUGGACCAGUACCACAAAAUUUCAGUUUUCUGCCUAAACAUAAAGCCAAUGCUUACAAAUAACUUGUCUAAAGAUGGCAGUGUUGUUCUGUGUUUGAUGAAUACAUACAUAUACGCUAAUUUAUAGAAAAAAGUUUUUAUUGUGAUGUAGGACAUAUGUUCUUAAGUCAUAAUCAUGAUUUUAAAAAAAAAAAAAAAAUCAUGUAGUAUUGAAUUAGCCAAAAUAAAAAAAUGGUUUAUUGUCUGAUGAUACCUGAAGAUUGCUAAAAAUUGUACACU